UCAACAGUAGGGAAAAAAAAAAUCAGGAGGAAGCAUUGUCUCUCUAAUUUCUCACCUCCAUUUCUCUCUGUGUCUCACUCUCACCUGGUUGUAUCCCAUUCCUUUCAUUUCCCUCCACAGAUCUCCAAAAUUUCCAUUACCAAACCCCAAUUUCACCAUCUUUAUCUGUUCUAAUCAAAUAAAAUCUUCCUACUCUCUCUAACUUUUUUUUUUGUUAUUGGGUUAAUAUCCUAUCUCUCAAAGCCUGUAAUCAAAAUUAAUCGGCCGAUGAUUCUAGAACCUUCAUGGAUCUUCACCAAGCUACUACCCUUUAUGGACGAAUGUAGUCCCUACGAUGCCUGAGCUGCGUAGCCGAGCUCGCAGAGAUCGGGCCUCCGUCAACCCUAACCCGAAACCGAAUCCGAUUGAUAUUCUCCCGAAACCCGACACCAACACCGGCAAGAACAAAAGUUCACUGUUCGCACUCGCCAGAGGAGAACCGGACUGGUUAGUAAACAGAAAGACGCGAUCGUUGCUGCCACUUGUGAUAACAAGCUUAAAAGCAACGACAACGAACACAAUAAUAUCGUGAACGGUGUUACGCCUUUUGGAAGAAAAAAAACGAGGAUAUUAAAGCCCUUAGGGUUUUGAGAAAAAGGUUGCCGAAAAGAUAUGGACGAGUACGAUAGCGGCGGCCUUAACGGCAAUAAAGGCCCUGGAGCCGAAGAUGAAGGAAGUGCAGCCCCACUUCCCGAGAAGGUUCAGGUAGGUGGUUCUCCUAUGUAUAGAGUAGAAAGGAAACUUGGGAAAGGAGGCUUUGGACAAGUGUAUGUUGGUAGACGAAUUGGUGCUGGUCCAGGAGCUUUAGAGGUUGCUUUAAAAUUUGAGCAUAGAAGCAGCAAAGGAUGUAACUAUGGGCCACCAUAUGAGUGGCAAGUUUACGGUGCACUUGGUGGUAGCCAUGGUGUGCCUCGAGUUCAUUACAAGGGCCGGCAAGGUGACUACUAUGUCAUGGUUAUGGAUAUUCUUGGACCUAGCUUAUGGGAUGUUUGGAAUAACAACUCGCACACGAUGUCCAUUGAAAUGGUUGCAUGUAUUGCCAUUGAGGCCAUCUCAAUUUUAGAGAAGAUGCACUCCAGAGGAUAUGUGCACGGGGAUGUAAAACCGGAGAAUUUCUUGCUUGGUCCUCCAGGAACUCUAGAUGAGAAAAAACUUUUCCUUGUUGACCUAGGAUUAGCAACCAAGUGGCGGGAUAGUUCAAGUGGUCAACAUGUUGAGUAUGAUCAACAUCCAGAUGUUUUCAGGGGAACAGUACGGUAUGCUAGUGUGCAUGCUCAUCUUGGUAGAACUGGUAGCAGGAGAGACGAUCUAGAGUCUCUCGCUUACACCCUCAUUUUUCUCCUACGUGGUCGGUUACCCUGGCAAGGGUAUCAGGGUGAAAACAAAGGAUUUCUUGUUUGUAAGAAGAAGAUGGCUACAUCCCCAGAAACUUUGUGUUGCUUUUGCCCUGCACCUUUCAGACAGUUUGUUGAGCAUGUGGUGAAUUUGAAGUUUGAUGAGGAACCGAAUUAUGCAAAAUACAUCUCCCUUUUUGAUGGGAUUGUUGGUCCAAAUCCAGAUAUUAGGCCAAUCAAUACUGAUGGUGCUCAGAAGCUUAUGUAUCAAGUAGGACAAAAGAGAGGCCGGUUAACGAUGGAGGAGGACGAGGAUGAGCAACCAAAGAAGAAGGUUCGAAUGGGAAUGCCUGCAACACAAUGGAUUAGUGUGUAUAAUGCUCGUAGGCCUAUGAAGCAAAGAUACCAUUAUAAUGUAGCAGAUGUGAGGCUUCCCCAGCAUAUCGAGAAAGGAAAUGAAGAUGGGUUAUUUAUCAGCUGUGUGGCUUCUUGUUCAAACCUAUGGGCUCUUAUUAUGGAUGCUGGCACUGGCUUCACUGCUCAAGUUUAUGAACUCUCUGCAUACUUUCUUCAUAAGGAAUGGAUUAUGGAGCAGUGGGAAAAAAAUUACUACAUCAGUGCAAUUGCAGGAGCUAAUAAUGGGAGUUCAUUAGUUGUAAUGUCCAAGGGGACCCAGUAUUUGCAGCAAUCCUACAAAGUUAGCGAUUCAUUUCCCUUUAAGUGGAUCAACAAAAAAUGGAGGGAGGGUUUCUAUGUGACUGCCAUGGCCACUGCUGGAAGCAGAUGGGCAAUUGUUAUGUCACGCGGUGCUCCAUUUUCUGACCAGGUUGUAGAAUUAGAUUUUCUCUACCCCAGUGAAGGUAUUCACCGGAGAUGGGAUAAUGGCUACCGUAUCACUUCAACUGCUGCAACCUGGGAUCAAGCUGCUUUUGUUCUUAGUGUUCCAAGAAGAAAACCCACAGAUGAAACUCAGGAGACUCUUCGAACUUCAGCUUUUCCUAGCACUCACGUGAAGGAGAAAUGGGCAAAGAAUCUGUAUAUUGCAUCAGUUUGUUAUGGCCGAACUGUUUCAUGAUCUGCCAAAUGAUUUGUUCACAUGCCGGUCUUUUUAUUUUAACCGUGCAUGUGUACGACAAGGGAUGGCUCAACUGCUUCAAUUUUAGGGGGCAGAACUCUUUAGCUGGAAUGAUUGAUCACAGCAUUUUGGAGUUGAUGUAUGCAAAAUUCUACUUUAUUGUCAUCAUCAUCUAGCAUCUACUAAAACCUGUGCACUGUCAUUCAUCCAAGUCAAAACUCAAAAGCUUCUGUCGAAUUAGAUGCAAAUGUUCUUACCUUACUUGUAUAGUUUUGAAAUCAUAACUUCUUGGUUGAAGGCAAGUGCCAAGGAUAAGUUUUAAUUGUUGGUGGUGUUUGAGGCCUUGUUUUCUGGACUAGAGGAUCAUUAUGAUCCUUCAGGCUUUCACUUCUAGGAUGUCUGAUUUGAGCCUAAAGAAAGAAUGUUACUUGUUUUGUAUAUUUUGAAGCAGAAGAUGUAAUAGGAUAUUGUUAUUAUUUAUUUCUUGCGCUGUAGUUGGUGCGUGUAUUGUCAUUUCCCUAAAAGCUAAAUCCAGUGCAAGCAGUGCAUGAUCAAUCUUAGUAUCUCGUAGCUAAUGCCUUGCCUUUUUUGCCAAACACCCCGAGUUUUUAUCCCAUUAUUUUUUUCCCUUUUUGAAGUAGCAAACGCCUUAACUUUUUUUGCCGAACACCCCAAGUUUGCAAAUUAUUUUGGUGGAUGUUUUCUUCCCAUUAUCUAUUUCUCUCUUUUCUAAGUCGGGAUUUCAUGCUUUUGUUCCAAGGAGUGAUAUACCCCUUUCAAAGAAGUCCUACCGUGUCAUUACAGAUAAAGCAUUUGAAUAUUGAACUUAUUACAUUUAAUGAAUGCCUUAGUGGUAAAAAUAGUGGCUGAUGUAGUCUGAUAGUUCCAUUUGUAUUUUAGCUUACAAUAUGAUCCUUUGCUAUCUUGAUGCUGUACUGUGGAUUUUAGACCUUAGAUGGUGGUCUGAGGUGAUUCUUUGUCUAAGGCCCCAAAUGUGAGCCUGUUAGAUUCUUUUGUAUUAUUAACAGAGUCAAAAUCUCAGAAGCAGAAAUGCAGCAGAGGCCCUUUUUACAUGCCUAGAAGUUUUUGCCAGGUGCCACGAGAACAACCAACAUAUGAUUUGGUAAGGAGUUUCAUUGGUUAAUUUGAUGCGUUAUAAAACCGGAGAUUGAUUGCACUAUUUUCUGCUUCUGUUUUUGUGCACAUUGCCCAUUCUGUUUAUUCGCAAUAUUUUUCCAUGUAUUUUGCAGGUUUAACUUCAGGUUGAUUCAUCUUUGAUUUCGACAGUCAUUUUUUUCUGCCCCUAAUGUGGUAAACAUAUCAUGUCUUUUUCAGCAAUUCAUAUAAAUUAUCUAUAGUGUGGCAAUGACAUUUUUUUUUAGUUUAACAGAAAAUACAUGUGUCCACCCCGCUCCUGGUGAUAGUUGGGGCACCAACACUUUUUUAUUUGACCUCUGUUCGUUUUGUUAGUUGUGGCAUCAAAAGCAGUAAGCAAUUUUCUCGAACAUGCUGAAAGUUGUUGAUAUUGUGGUUAAAGAAUCUCUCUGGGACUGGAGAGUUUUGUUUUCUUGCUUACGAACAGUUGUCAUACAAUAAGACAAUUUGUACUUGUGUUCAGUUGCAUUUCCAUGCAUGUAAACCCCCGCUAAUAUAAUGGGUUGUUUCAGCAA